CUAUAGCCCAGAAACUAGCCCACAAUGCUUUCGUCCUUUGAAUCCUCCCGUUCUUCUCCCACUGCUCCCGAUUGCCGGCAAAAACAGAGAAUAGGGAAAAGCAAACAGCGGCACUGGAUAGAUAGGUACACACACUGACACACAGAGAGCGCGAGAGAGGCUGGAAGGAGGAAGGAGAUGAGUAGCUGCAAUGUUUUCGCACCCAGUUGCCACCUUCAGGUUUUUUUGGCAAACGAUUCCUGCCAUGGCCUCUACAAUCUCAAAGCUCCUCCCUUUAUGCUUCCUUCACCGGCUAAGAAGCAGUCGUCGCCAUUUGAUAGGCGCCGGAGAGCUUCCAAAGCGGUGGCUUAUUUUGGCUUGAAGCCUCCUCCUUAUCAACUUGAUGCGUUAGAGCCACAUAUGAGUAAGAAGACGGUGGAGUUGCACUGGGGAGGUCAUCAUCGUGGUUAUCUGGAGAACUUGAACAAAGCUUUGGCGAAAGACGAUGUUCUGUACAGCUACACCAUGGAUGAACUCAUCACAGUUACCUAUAACCGAGGCAACCCUCUACCUGUUUUCAACAAUGCUGCUCAGGUCUGGAAUCACGACUUCUUUUGGGAAUCCAUGCAACCAGGAGGCGGCGGGAUACCUGAACUUGGUUUGCUCGAUCAGAUCGAAAAGGAUUUCGGGUCCUUCACAAAUUUCAGAGAGAAGUUUGUGGAAGCAGCCUUGACAUCUUUUGGUUCUGGCUGGGUUUGGCUUGUCUUGAAGAGAGAAGAAAAACAUCUUGCUAUAGUGAAGACAUCAAAUGCUUUCACUCCACUUAUUUGGGAUGACAUCCCUAUAAUCAAUCUAGAUGUGUGGGAGCAUGCUUACUAUUUGGAUUACAAGAACGAGAGAGCAAAGUACGUGAACGCCUUCAUGGACCACCUCGUAUCCUGGAAUACAGCAAUGGGAAGGUUGGCUAGGGCAGAGGCCUUUGUAAAUUUGGGGGAACCUAAUAUCCCAGUUGCAUAGAAGGCAGCACAGUCGGGCACCAGAAAGUCCGUGGUGGAGUGCAGGCAUCAUGACCUAGCCCUUCCAAAUGAGAGGUUAUGUACCUAAUAAUGGAAGACCAUUUGGUGACAAAGGAGCCGAUCUUUGUUGUGUAAUGCUGAAUGAAUCACUGUCGUGGUUUGGAGUGAGGCUCAGCACAAGUUACAUGUUGAAAGAGAGAAGGCAACGAUGGGAAAAGAGAGGUGAAGGGCUUAUGGAGCCAUAAACUGAGGGCCCUUGUCCUAGUAGGUAACUAACUAGGAAGGUAGAAACUAGAGAAGCUGAAGCAACUCACCUCUAACAUUUUCCAUCCCAAUUUUGAAGAGGUUGUUUGCUUGGUUCCCCAGUUUUGUAGUUUAUAGCCUUUGCUAGAACAAACUCUAGUGUGUUAGUGAAUUCUGUCCCCGAAACCCUGCUUCGAAUGGAUGGUUUCCUUCUGUCUGCACGAGACUCAUGCUGCUUGAUUAAUGUUAUCAUGCUUCUUCUGGCCUCUGUUGCUUUUCUUCUUCUUCUGGAAAGUCACCAAUUGAUGUCCACUAUACACAGAAAACCUAUUGCUGUGUGCAAGGCUGCAAGCAGGUUGAAGAGCCAUUGAUGCUCUGUCUAAUAAAUAAAAGUCUCAAGUCAGACUUUUCUUUAAAUCUCUCUAUGAAUCUAAAAGGAACCUAACUACUGCUCCUUGAAGAUCCAAAAGGAAGUACCAAAAAAGGAAGGAGAGCCCUCUUUAAUAAUUGAUGAGUGAAUGUGAAUGGACUGGAGGGUGGUGGUGGUGGUCUCCUGGUCUGGUGGUUAUGUUAUGUAUUUGCUGUAGCACACUAAGAAGCAUAAGAUCACAGUCACACAACUUCAACAAUCUCCUCCCCAUCUCUCCUUUUUCUAGCUUCCCCAUAUCAUCCCCUUUCUCACCUUUUUGCUCAUUAUGCCUUUUAUAUGUGUGCCCUUUUACACCAUUGAUGGAGCUCGGAAUUACAGAUCAGGAUCAGCCUGAUAACGAUAUUACAUGAUUAUAUGCAGAUAUACAGUAAGGAGUGUAUGCCACAUGUGUAGGUAUAUGGCAGAGUCCUCCUAAAAAGUUGACAGCAGAGGCUGCUGCUGCAGCACAUGGAGAUGCCCUCCACUUUUAGCUAGUCUGGGUCUCUUGUUCUUGUGGACAAUUAAUGGUAAUGUGAUUAGGAUUGUUAGUUAUCUAUUAAUUACGUGAUUAAUUGUCGCCUUACCUUCGUCGCCGUUCCCAUGCAAGUUCGCAACUGUUCAUCUAUCCAUCUACACAUGGCGGCAUAUUGGGAGAACCUAAACAGCUUAUGAAAAGGAAGGAAGGAUUAGUUCCUAAGUAAUAUCUAAUCAAAUGUUCCAAUCUUUUAGCCUUUGUGGACCAAUUGGUGGCAACCUAGCAAAAGCAUAUAUUAUAUUAUGUGACGCUGCACCUACCUACAUAUAUAUAAUUGACCCAUGACGGUGUCAAUUUAUUAUUAGUUAGUGACUUGGUGUAUAUAAUGUAAGGCUUCCUCCUUUGUCUUUCUUGGUGUACAUAAUGAUUAAUGAGGAUGGAAAUUUAUUUAUUAACACCCAGCUUGGGAUGGAAAAUGGGUGAGUUGGACGAAGAUUUUCGGGAUAAAUUUCACUCGCAGAACGAGUUUUGGUGGGGAAAAGGUACUCAUAUUCACUCAUUUGUACAUUAUGGGUGGGCGAUAGCGCGGACGGGGAUGGGUUUGGCGGUUUGGUGAUAAGAUAUUUAUGGAUCAUAACAGAUUACGGUAAGCUAAUUAAAUAUCAGAACUGUAAAAUUCAAGAGAAUCAAUAGCUAUUAAGUGUAGUUUAUUGCAUAAACUAACAUCAAUCAUCUCAUUCUCAAACACACAAAAAAAAGGUGUAUAACCAUAAUAUUUUUUAAACAAGUGAAGUUUAAUUUAUUUUGUAAUUCAAGAAAAAAUUAAAAGAAUUAUCGUUUAAUUGAAUCAAUCACGAUUAAGAUUUUCAGUUACAAAAUAAAUAAAUGCAUACUUGAUUUUUAUUUACUAUUAUUAUUAUUAUAGGCAUCUUAUAUACCCAAUCAUUAUGAUUAUUAUGCCUAUGAAUAUGAUAAUCAUCAUUGUAUGUAUGCUGAUAUUAUAAUCAAAUUCAAGCGCACGCUCAUCAGACCCAUACCACCAACAUACUCAUUAUUUUAUGCACAAAUUCAGUCUUUUAUAGGAAGUAACAAUUAAUAUUUUACUAUGUUGCUAAUGACGGGAAGAAAAUGAUAAUUAUAGACAUAUGCUCUUCUUUUUUUUUUUUAUAACCCUCACACAUAUGCUCUGGAUGUACAUGUUAAAACUCUGUGAUAGUUUAGAUAUACUGUUGAGAUAAAAAUAUGUCGACAAUCAACUUGUAUUGAUAAUUCUAACUAUGAAAAAAUAAAACCUACAAAUUUAAUAUCUUUUUGUUACACAUCGACGUUUCUUCGAUCUUUCGAAAGGAUGAAUUGAAUUACUAGACUAAACUAAAUAAGUAUAGCCGGUGAAAAGCAAAAUUGAAGUGCCAUUUGAUCUGUUCAUGAAACCCACCAUGAAAACAUCAAAAUAUGGUCCCAUUGUUGCAUGAUAUAUAUGAUUUGCUUCAAAGUCAACAGCUAGUAAUAAUAAAGGAAAAGUGUGCUUCUUUUGUGUUUGUUGACGAUGCACAUAUUUUAUGUUGUAGAUUGGGGGCAUUGGGGCUAAUUUAUGGUACAAGCAUAUUGAAGAAGUUGGGAGAUCCAUCGAAAAUACAUAAUCUGUGAGUCGCGCGCAAGUCAUAUAAUUUGAUGGCAAUACUUUGUAUAAGCUGGUGUAUUCCAUCAUGACUACAACGACACAGUUUAAUUAAUGAUUCCCUUGCUGAAGUCAAUAUACGUAUAAUACUAUCCAUGUUAGGUAGCAUUCUGAUGAGCUUAUUCCAUAUUCAUAAACGAAUUGGUAUUUUGAAUAUGAACAUGAUUUCAUUGACCAGUAUAUCUUAUGAAUCACUCACAAUUACUGUAUAUUGGGUUUUCCAUAAAAGGACAACAUAAAAUUCAUGUUUGAACAUACAUGGUUUAGCAAAUUUGUGAAUAUACUAAAUCAAGGAGUCUCUAUAUUAGGCCAUAUCAACACAUGAUAAGAUUUAUAUUCUACACAACCCCUAAUAUCCAUCAAUAAAAUUUUCAAAAAGCCAACAAAAUAGUGAAAAUGAGAGAAAAUGAAAGCAAGAAUAAGCAAAGCCAAGGGAUGAUAUAUAAAGGAUUCGCCACUAAAACAAAACACAACAUGUGGGGUGGGAUGGGAUGUCUACAAGGGAAUAUCCCCACAAGUGUUUUGAGUAUGAAACAUUCUUCAUCUUUAAUCAUAUAUUUUUAUUUCAAAGUCACAAACUGCCCACCAUAUUGAGCUCCAUUAAAUGUAAAAUACCAUUAUUGAAUGAACAAAUUCAUAAUUAGAGAGAAACGAACCACACGCCUAAAGUGUUUAUCAAUCGAUUUCCGAAUAAUUGAUAAUGGCAUUCAAAUUUAUAGUUUAUCAGCUUAACAAUGACCCUUACAUAUGAAGUAACUGGUGCUCGAGUACUUAGUAUUGGCUCUGACAUACGUGCUAAUGAGUCCAAAUUCUUUCUAAAAACCUGAUUCAUAAGAUGCGUGCAUAUAAUUAUUGUACUAAUUAUUGAUUUUGUUGUUACAAGGCACCAUGCGACUACUAACCACCACCGCUACCAUAAUAAGUCAACCACAAACGUGAUGACGAUAGGACUGCAUUGAUUUUUACAUUGCGGAGUCGAAGCUCUAAAUAUCUAAGUAUUUAUUCAAUAUCAUCAAUUUAAUCAUUAAUUUUUUCUUGAAAUAACCCAGUGUUAAUAUCUCGUCUGAUCCCAUCUGUAUGUUGUUCUCUUUAUAAUUUCAAACUGUCAAUUUUUUUUUUGGUUAAUUUGGACCAAAAUUGUUUGAAUGCAUUGUGUAGUGGUAUCAUUUUGACUAAGCACUAACUUCUUUAUGAUUUAGGUGAUUAGUGUAUUGUGAUUUACUACUCUUUCCUCACCAACAUAUUUAUUUCUCCACUUGGCCCAUCACCUUCACCUGAAAUAAAUUCGAUCCUAAAAC